GUGUGUGUGUGCAGGUGUGUGGUCGUGCUGCUGAAUCCCAGAAACAACAAGCAGCAUCACAUCUUCAACAGCUCCAGGAAAACCAUCAGCACCUUGGCCUUUUCUCCUGACGGGAAGUAUGUCGUCACAGGAGAGAGCGGUCACAUGCCGGCGGUGCGGGUGUGGGAGGUGUCGGAGCGCCUCCAGGUGGCCGAGCUGCAGGAGCACAAGUACGGCGUGGCCUGCGUGGCCUUCUCCCCCAACGGCAAAUACAUCGUGUCUGUGGGCUACCAGCACGACAUGAUGGUCAACGUCUGGAGCUGGAAGAAAAACGUGGUGGUGGCAGCCAAUAAGGUGUCCAGUAAGGUGACGGCGGUCUCCUUCUCAGACGACAGCUCCUACUUCGUUACCGCCGGCAACCGACACGUCAAGUUCUGGUACCUGGACCACAGCAAGUCCAACAAGGUGAACGCCACGGUGCCCCUGCUGGGGCGUUCAGGGCUGCUGGGAGAACUCAGGAACAACUUCUUCAGCGAUGUGGCGUGUGGGCGGGGCCGGCAGGCCGCCUCCACCUUCUGCAUCACCUCGUCGGGCCUCCUGUGUGAGUUCAACGAGCGCCGGCUGCUCGACAAGUGGGUGGAGCUUCGGGCGUCUCAGGCCACCUGUCUGUCCGUCACAGAGGAGUUGAUAUUCUGCGGCUGCUCUGAUGGGACGGUUCGAGCCUUCAGCCCCGCCAACCUGCACUUCCUGUGCACUUUGCCCCGCCCACACUGCCUGGGGGCCGACAUCGCCAACCUGGUGGACGCCAGUCAGCUGUUCUCCUGCAGGCCGGAGGCUCGGUAUCCCGACACGGUGGCGGUGACCUUUGACCCCUGCAGCCGCUGGCUGUCCUGUGUGUAUAACGACCACAGCGUGUACGUGUGGGACGUCCGGGAGCUGCGCCGCGCCGGGAAGCUCUACUCCGCCCUGUACCACGCCUCCUGCGUCUGGAGCCUGGAGGUGUACCCGGAGGCGGCGGAGGCGGCGGCGGCGGCGGCGGCGGCGGUGCGCGUGGCUCCCGGCUCCUUCCUGUCGUGCUCGGCGGACAGCACCAUCCGCCUGUGGAGCCUCGACGGAAACAACCUGAGCAGGAACAUCCUGAGCCAUGACCUGCAGAAGGUCAUCUACGUGGAGGACAGCACGGCGAGCCUGAUGGACACGGAGAGCGUCGCCACCGGCAACCUGGAGAAGGCGGGGCCGGGGGAGGGCGGGGCGGCGGACCAGACGAGGGCGGGGCUCCGGACGCUGAGGGUCAGCCCUGACGGACAGCACCUGGCCUCCGGGGACCGCAUGGGCGUGCUCAGGAUCCAUGACCUGGGCAGCAUGGAGGAGAUCCUGAACGUUCAGGCUCACGACUCGGAGAUCCUCUGCCUGGAGUUCAGCAAGCCGGAGACCGGUGAGCCCGCAGCCGCACCACUUCCUGUUAGCAUGACAUCACUUCCUGUUAGCAUGGCAUCACUUCCUGUGAAAGCAGUCUCUAGUUACUUCUCUCAAAAGUAACUGAAUUACUGUCUCA